GAGCUACCAAGGCAGCAACCAGUGCUACUGGUAUACCUGAUGAAAAUGCCAGUAUGAUAGGAGGUAUGGCUUUUAAUAUAGAUAACAACUAUCACGGAUAUACUGACAGCGUUUAUCGAGCCGAAUUUUCCAAUGAACCAGAAACAGGUUUUUUAGGAGGGCGAGAACUUUGCGGGAAUUCAAUUGUUCCUUAUAUUAUAAAAGGAGCUGAUGAUGAGAACAAAAAUACUGCUCUUAAUAGAAAGUUUGUUAUUAAAAACGAUAAAUUAGGAAUCGCUAAACAUUAUUUAGAAAAACAUUGUUAUUUUAACUUUCAAGCCUUUGGGGAUGAUUUUUGCCAGUAUUACGGAAUAACUCCUCUUAAUAAUUCACAAGCAUACGGAAUUAAUUGA